GCACUUCCACCUCGAGCGCCUGUGCAUACGUGCUACUUAUAAUUACCUACGGCUUUAUUUUGGCUGGUCUUACUUGUGUAGGCGAUUCUGAGGAUAAUGUAUAGGAUUACAGUGCUACACCAUUUUAGUUUUGUAUCAGUGACUGAAAGGUGAAUACCACAUGUAAUUGGAAAUGAUCCUGGAGGAAUACGGCUAGUUCAUCUUUUUCUUUUUUUUUGUAAACCAUUUGUAUCAUUUGCUGCGUUUUCAAGCAGUUUAUAUUUAUGUACAUGACUAUAGCCUACGUUGUUCUCCAAAUACUUUAUUUUAAGUUUGUAUAUACUCGGUGAAUCAUAUGGUGAAUCAGCUCCAGCUCCAGUAAAAAUGUGGUUAGCAGCCUCGAGCCGUUGGAUCCGACGUCCAUGAGCUAUUUCUUUGUGCUCGUUCAGCAUGUUUCUCCUGGUAACCGUGUGUUUUGUACUUCGUUUUACAGGGUUGUCUCUGGCUGCCUUUGAGGUGAGCGUCCCGCAGCGGAGGGUGCUGGCGGUGCGAGGCCGGCCGGUGGUUUUGGGGUGCAGCUACGCGCCCAGCCUCGGCAACAGUCUGGAGGACCUGGUGGUGACGUGGCAGACAGCGGGGGACAACCUGGUCCUGCACAGCUUCUAUUAUGGGCAGGACCAGCUGGCCCAGCAGAGCGCCCGCUACCGGAACCGCACCUCGAUGUUUCGCCCCCUGCUCGGCGCCGGAAACGCCUCUCUGAGGCUGGACCGGGUUGGCCCGCAGGACUCCGGGCGCUACCUCUGCUCCGUCGACAGCCUGCUGGGAAAUGGCAAAGCGGAGGUGCAGCUGGAGUACGCGGGUGAGACAACUUCCUGUCCCAGAACGGCAGACAGCCAGGUGCAGCCAGGUAGAGCGUUCUACACCGAGCCCAAGCUCAACAUCCAGGUCCACCCCAGCAACAUCAGCCUGGAGUAUCAGAGCAAGGGGUACCCCGCGCCCCAGGUCCAGUGGACCGACUCCGCGGGCCGCAACCUGACUGCCCGGGAGGAGCUGUCCGGGCCCGGGGAGGACGGGCUCCUGUCCCUGAGGACCAGCGUGACGCUGAAGGACCCCGGUCCCGGAGUCAACCUGAGCUUCACCCUGAGGAACGCCGCCCUGGGACAGGUGCUGGAGAGGCCCGUCUCCCUCAGGCUGGCUUCCGAUGACAUUGGGCAUUGCACAGACUGCGCCAGAGUGACCAUCCCACUCAUUUGCUUUCUCUGCCUGCUGCUGCUGUGUCUGGGACUGGCAGCCUUCGCGUACCUCCGACGCAAGAGGAACAGAAUGCCGAUGGCAUACUGCAACGGCUCGGAAACAAUUACCUCCGCGUGACCCUGGGGGGGGGGUGGAGACAUUACAUUACAUUACGUUACAGGCAUUUAGCAGACGCUCUUAUCCAGAGCAACAUACAACAAGUGCAU